GUCUCGCAAGAUGGCGGCGUCCCUGGAUAUGGAGCCGUCAGCCCUCAGCCUGGAGCUGCUGCCCACCGACCCGCUGCUGCUCAUCCUCAGCUUCCUCGACUACCGCGAUUUGACGAGCUGCUGCUAUUUAAGUCGAAGAUUAAAUCAGCUCUCCAACCAUGAUCCACUGUGGAGAAGACACUGCAAGAAAUACUGGCUCAUUUCAGAAAAGGAAAAAUGUCAGCGGAAUCAGAGCUGGAAAGCCAUCUUCAUCAGUACCUACCGUGACCUGGGGAGAUACAUCCAGUGCUACGCUACGCUGAAGAAGGCCUGGGAUGACCUAGAGAAGUACUUAGGGCAGAGGUGUCCUCGGAUGAUUGGCUCUCUGAAAGAGAGUGUGCAGGAGGAAGACCUGGACGCCGUGGAAGCUCAGAUAGGCUGCCAGCUGCCCAAUGACUAUCGGUGUUCAUUCCGUAUUCACAACGGACAGAAGCUGGUUGUGCCUGGCCUGAUGGGGAGCAUGGCACUGUCGAACCACUACCGCUCUGAGGACUUGCUGGACAUCGACACAGCGGCAGGAGGCUUUCAGCAGAGGCUGGGGCUGAGGCAAUGCCUUCCUCUUACCUUCUGCAUCCAUACUGGCCUCAGCCAAUACAUGGCCCUGGAGAGCGUGGAAGGACGAAAUAAAUAUGAGAUCUUCUAUCAAUGCCCAGACCAAAUGGCUCGCAACCCAUCUGCUAUUGAUAUGUUCAUCACAGGUACAUCUUACUUGGAGUGGUUUACAUCCUACGUAAACAAAGUUGUAACUGGUGGUUAUCCUAUCAUCAGAGACCAGAUCUUCAGGUAUGUGCAUGAUAAAGAAUGUGUUGCCACCACAGAAGACAUCACUGUUUCAGUGUCCACAUCCUUUCUGCCUGAGCUCAGUUCUGUGCACCCCCCCCAUUAUUUCUUCACUUACAGAAUCAGAAUUGAAAUGUCCAAAGAUGCUCUUCCUGAGAAGGCUUGUCAGCUGGACAGUCGAUACUGGAGAAUAAUCAAUGCCAAAGGGGAUGUAGAAGAAGUUCAGGGUCCUGGAGUAGUUGGGGAGUUUCCAAUCAUCAGUCCAGGCAGGGUCUAUGAAUACACCAGCUGUACUACAUUCUCCACCACAUCUGGGUACAUGGAGGGCUACUACACCUUCCGGUGUCUCUACUACAAGGAAAAAUUCUUCAAUGUCACAAUUCCCAGAUUUCACAUGGUGUGUCCAACAUUCAAGGUGUCCACAGCCCGAAUGGAGACCAGCCACAACGAGUAUGCAGUGGAUGAAGAUGAGGACUCCACAGACACCGAUGAGUACGAGGAGCAGCGGCGAGUGCUGGACAUCCCUGCGCCCACUGGGCGCUGCCCGCGCCACACCUAACAGCACCAUGGACUCAGCUCCUGGGGCUCUGCAGAAGGACACUUCUGACUGCUGGCCAUGGACUCUGCUGCAUAGCAGGGCAGCCAGUAUCAGUGUUGGUGCCAGCUCUGAUAACUCUUCAAAGUACAACCUUUUUUUUUUUUU